AUGUAUUCUGACAAAGCAGACAAUCACCAAGUACCUAAAACACCAACAACAACAUCAACAAAUAUUAUUAUGCACUUGGAAAAUGAAUUAUUAGAUAUUAGCGAAGAUGAAUUAAUUGAAAUUUUAAAACCAAAGUUCGAUAAACGUGAACCAACAUCAUAUUCACCACACGAUGAACCAUAUGCACUAACAAUUGAAACAACACAAGCAGAAAUGAAUGAAUUCAACUUAAAUGAACAACAACAACAACAAUUAUCAAAUACACAAACCACCACCAGCACAAUAUCAAAAUCAGAAAAACAAAAACAAAAAAAUGAAAAACUUAAAUGGAAACAACGAAACAGACCAGAUUUUCAAAAUAAAUUAACAAGGCCAAUAUAUUAUAAAUAUGACUUUAGAAAAAUACGUACUCAAUUACGUGAUGAUAACAUACAUACAAGUCAUCAAAUAACAAUUAAUCGUAAAUACCAUGAAGUUAUUAUUGGCUUUAAAUUUCGACAAGAAUUAGAACAUGUAACAAAUAUUAUAAAAAUAAAUUAUUUUUCAAAAGCACAAUACUCUGACCGAUGGAAUACGCAUAUAAUGUGUAAUAAUCAAAAUUCUUUAAUAACAUUGAUAUCAAAAAAUGAAUUUUUAUCAACUAAAUUAACAUCUCAAGUUAAUAGACAAUUACAAGAUCCUGUUGUUAUUAUGAUGGGACACAUACCAUCAUGGAUAGCAGAAAUGGCUUAUUCAUGUUUACUUUUAAUUCCAUCUGAAACAUGA